CCUCAAUUGUCCGCCGUCGACACGAGGACAAAGAAAACGCUGGCUCGCCCACUCCUCGAGCGUUAGGUUUUCUCCAUUAUCCUCCCCCCUCCUGCAGUUGCGGGCGUUUCCUUCAUUAUUCUUGUAUCCUUUGCACGGGCUUGUUUGCUUCCCAUUCUGUAUUAUUCUCCAUUGUCUGAAACGAACAAUCAUGCCCGCUCACCGCACUCGCGAUACCCCCGCCCGCUCAGCACUCGAAGUGACGACAGACGCACCACAACCACCCACUGUAGCCAUCAUAUCCCCGACGCCGCGCGUCUUUUCCUUCCCUAUCAAUAAUGACAGUCCUUCUCCGUCCCCGUCUAGCUCGCCCUUCGACCCCGACGUAAACCCCUUCGCAACAGUAUUCGAGUCAGCUUCCUCACCAGCGACAUCCAUCGCACGCACCCUCUCUCCAGCAGAAUCCGUAUCCUCCGAUUCCUCCACGCCGCCUGCCAGAUCUUACCACAAACGCCAGAAGUCCACUCAGUCCACGUCCAGCGACACCACCUCCGAGCGCCGCCCGAAGAAGGGCGACGAAGGCUACAUUAAGCGCCCCGAGAACGCGUUUAUCCUGUUCCGCCGCAAGUGCUGCGAAGAGCGCAAGGAGCUUCUCCAACAACUCGAGGAGUCUUCAGAAGGCGCAAACACCAAGCGUCAGCGCCAGGCCGACCUGUCCAAGCUCAUCAGUCAGCAAUGGAAAGCGCUCCCGGCGGAAGACCGGCUCCACUGGGAAGAGCUCGCCAAGGAGAAGAAGAAGGAGCACGAGAAGAUGUACCCCGACUACGUGUACCGGCCGCAGCGGUCCAAGCGGAAGGGCAAGGGUAAGAAGAGCCUGGGCGACGACGAACACGAUCAGACGGACGGUGAGAGCGUUCCCCUGACCUUGCACGCUCCCACCAUGCGCGGGCACGGCCGAUCUUCGUCCGCACC